GGCAUUUGGAUGGGACGUAAUUUGGGCGCGACGGUUCCGUCCACGCCGGCUCUAGGGAGGGGGCGGUGUUCCGUGGCCGCCUCCCCGGCGGCGCUGGGGAAACGAGCAGGUAGGAGGCCGACAGCGACCUCCGCGUCUCGGAGCGAACCGUGAGCCUCCCCGUAACGAGAGAGUUUGACUGUCAGCCAAGGUCACCGGGCCCGGCGCAGGGAAGGGGUGGGGCUCGGCUGAGCCCGCGAGACCCGCCCUGCUCGCCGCAGCCCCCGCCCCGCUAGGGCCUCAGGGUCCCGGUAUGGCGAUGGCUUUGACGGACCCGGCGCAGGUGUCUGUGACCUUUGAUGAUGUGGCUGUGACUUUCACCCAGGAGGAGUGGGGGCAGCUGGACCUAGCUCAGCGGACCCUGUACCAGGAGGUGAUGCUGGAAAACUGUGGGCUCCUGGUAUCUCUGGGGUGUCCUGUUCCCAGACCUGAGCUGAUCUGCCACCUAGAGCAUGAGCAGGAGCCAUGGACCAGGAAGGAAGACCUCUCCCAAGGCACCUGUCCAGGUGACAAAGGAAAACCCAAGAGCACAGAACCUACCACCUGUGAGCUAGCCUUGUCUGAAGGAAUCUCUUUUUGGGGACAACUAACACAAGGAGCUUCAGGGGACUCCCAGUUGGGGCAACCCAAGGAUCAGGAUGGGUUUUCAGAAAUGCAGGGAGAAUGCUUGAGACCAGGGUUAGAUUCCCAAAAGGAGAAGCUUCCUGGAAAAAUGAGCCCCAAACAUGAUGGUUUAGGGACAGCUGAUAGUGUGUGUUCAAGGAUUAUACAGGAUCAAGUCUCCUUAGGAGAUGAUGUCCAUGACUGUGACUCACAUGGAUCAGGUAAAAAUCCAAUUAUUCAGGAAGAGGAAAAUAUCUUUAAAUGCAAUGAAUGUGAAAAAGUGUUUAACAAGAAACGCCUGCUUGCUCGGCAUGAGAGGAUUCACUCUGGAGUGAAGCCCUAUGAAUGCACGGAGUGUGGGAAAACCUUUAGCAAGAGUACAUACCUCCUGCAGCACCACAUGGUCCACACUGGGGAGAAGCCCUAUAAGUGCAUGGAGUGUGGGAAGGCUUUUAAUCGCAAGUCACACCUUACACAGCACCAGCGGAUUCACAGUGGAGAGAAGCCUUAUAAGUGCAGUGAAUGCGGAAAGGCCUUCACCCACCGCUCCACUUUUGUCUUGCAUAACAGGAGCCACACUGGAGAAAAACCCUUUGUGUGCAAAGAAUGUGGCAAAGCCUUUCGAGAUAGGCCAGGUUUCAUUCGACACUACAUCAUCCACAGUGGUGAGAAUCCCUAUGAGUGCUUCGAAUGUGGCAAGGUCUUCAAACACAGGUCAUACCUCAUGUGGCACCAGCAGACUCAUACCGGGGAGAAGCCCUAUGAGUGCAGUGAAUGUGGGAAGGCCUUCUGUGAGAGCGCAGCCCUGAUUCACCACUAUGUCAUCCACACUGGAGAGAAGCCCUUUGAGUGCCUUGAGUGUGGGAAGGCUUUCAACCACCGAUCCUACCUCAAGAGGCACCAGCGGAUUCACACUGGGGAGAAGCCUUAUGUGUGUAGUGAAUGCGGAAAGGCCUUCACCCACUGCUCUACUUUCAUCUUGCAUAAAAGGGCCCACAGUGGAGAAAAACCUUUCGAGUGCAAAGAGUGUGGGAAAGCCUUUAGCAAUAGGGCAGACCUCAUUCGCCACUUCAGCAUCCACACUGGAGAGAAGCCCUAUGAGUGCAUGGAGUGUGGAAAGGCCUUCAACCGCAGGUCAGGCCUCACAAGGCACCAGCGGAUUCAUAGUGGAGAGAAGCCCUAUGAAUGCAUCGAGUGUGGGAAAACAUUUUGCUGGAGCACAAACCUCAUUCGACACUCUAUCAUCCACACUGGAGAGAAGCCGUAUGAGUGCAGUGAAUGUGGAAAGGCCUUCAGUCGCAGCUCGUCCCUCACUCAGCAUCAAAGGAUGCAUACUGGGAGAAAUCCUAUCAGUGUAACAGAUGUGGGAAGACCUUUUACAAGUGGGCAGACCUCAGUCAACAUCCAAGAACUUUUAUUGGGGAAAAACUUUUUGAAUGUCACCACUGAGGAAAAUCUUUUGCAAGAGGAAGCAUCUUACAUGGCAUCUGAUCGUACAUACCAAAGAGAAACCCCACAAGUGUCUUCACUGUGAGAAAACCUUCUGUUGCCAAAUGUCAUUUGUCACCUAAGGAGUCAUAUUAGAAAAUCACACAGCUUAGAGCCUUAUUCUCCAUCUGAAUUCAUCCUGGAAAAACACCCAGUGGUUAUUAUGCACUUGGGAAAACCUUUAGCUCCAUCUUUCUCAUUAGUUUACAGUGCAAUGUUAUCUCAGGAAUUUUUAUAAACAGAAAGGUGACAUAGAAAAGAAAAUGAAAUGCAGACACUGCUUUUAUACUGUUGUCUUGUAUGUACAUUUCUGUCCUGUGUCAGGAAAGUUAGUAAGGGAAGGUCUGGAAGCUUACUCAAUGUCUUUGUUCUACAACAUUGUCUCUUCUUAAGAAGCAUUGUUUUUAUGAGAAAUAAUCAAGCCUUGAGUUAUGAAAUACUUUUAUAUUUAAGGAUUAAAAGAAACAUGAAUGCGCACAUUUUAUUGUACCACUUAAUACUGUUUAGGUCUUUGAUUUUUUAAAAAAAUUCUUUUUUAAUGGGUUUUAAACACUAACACUGAGAAUUUUUCUUGAUUCCCAUCUGUUGGUUUACUUGAUUGCUAUAGCUGUAUGGUAAAUCUCAAAAUUAGGUAAUGUGAUUUCUUUUUUCUUACUAUUUUUAUUUAAAAUUCAUUUAGCAUUCCUAGUUUGACUUUCCGUAUACACUUCAGGAUUGGUUUUUCUGUUUUUCAAAUAUUCUUGCUUGGAUUUUGAUAGAAAUUGAGUUAAAUCUAUAGAUCAAUGUGUUGAAAAUUGGCAUCUUAGUCUUCCAAUUCAUGAACAUAGCCUAUCUUUUCAUUAUUUAAAUUUUGUUUGAUAUAUUUCAUUACUGUUUUAUAGUUUACACAGUAUAACUCCUGCACAUUUAAAAUAAGAAUUAUAGCUGCAUAGUUUUUUGGGUGAUUGUAAAUGGCAUUGAUAUUUAAAGUUUCAAUUUUCACAUGAUGUUGGCUAGUAUACAGAAACAUUAUUUUUUCAAUCUUAUUUUGCUGUCUUGCAACCUUCCUAAACUCAUUAUUUCUUGCCAUUUCUUUUGGGAGAAUCCUUAGGAUUUUAAAUAUAGAAAUGUCAUUUGCAAUUUGGGACAGUUUUAUUUCUUGCUUCCCAUCUGUAUACCUUUUAUUUGCUUUUCUCAUGUUAUUGUACUAGGUAGGAUUUCCAGUGUGACGUUGAAUACGAAUAGUGACAAGCUAUCCAUGCCUUGUUCCUGAUAUUAGGGGGAAAUGUUCAGUUUCUCAUUAUUAUGAUGUUGAAAGUUGCUUCCAAAGAGUUUCUCUAUCGAGUUUAGAAAGUUUCCCUCUAUUCCUAAUUUGCUGGGAUUUUUUUGGUUAUUAUUAAUAAGUGUUGAAUUUUGUCAUAUGCUUUUUCUCCACCAAUUGAUUUAAUUAUGUGAUGUUACUUCUAUAGUCAGUUGAUACGAUGUGUUACCUUGAUUGAGUUUCAAGUAUUGAACCAGCCUCACAUCUUUGUGAUAAGCCCUACUUGAUCAUGGAGUAUAAUUUUGUUUGUGUACUAUGCUACAGUAUUUCAUUUGCUAGUAUUUUGUUGAGGAAGCUUUCCUCUGAUUUCAUGAGUGAUAAUCUGUAGUUUUCUUUCUUCAACUGUUACUGUUUGGUUUUGAUGUCUCGAUGAUAACUAACCUCCUAACAUGAAUUGGAAGGAAUUCUCUUCUGUUUUUUUGGAAGAUCAUGUGUAGAAUUGGUGUUAUUUGUUCCUUUAAUGUUUGGUAGCUUUCUCCAGUGAAGAAGUGGGACCUGGAGAUUUUCCUUUUGAAUGCUUUUUAAUUAUGUAUUUAUUUUAUUUAAUAGGUAUAGAACUAUUCAGAGUAUUUCAUAUUGGAUGAAUUUUUAUAGAUUUUCUUAAGGAAGUGUUCAUUUUAUGUAAAUGUUCUAAUUUGUAGCAUUCUUUGAAAUAUUUCCUUUUAUCCUCUUGAUGGCAGCAGGAUCUGUACUUAUGUUCCUUGUUGUAUUCUUGAUAUUGGAAAUGUAUCACUUAUUGUUGUCAGUCUUUGUAGACAUAUGUCAAUUUCAUUGAUCAUUUCAAAGAAAUAGCACUUUAUAUCACUGAUUUUUCUCUGGUCUCUGUUCUUAAUUUCACUGGUAUCUGCUCUGAUGUGUAUUGUAUCCUUUCUCCUACUUGCUCUGGUUGUAUUUGACUCAGUGGUUUCCUGAGGUGGAUGUUUAGGUUAUUGAUUUGAGGCUUUUUUUCUUUUUUAAUAUAAGCUUUAAGUUCUAUACAUUUUUCUUACACUGCUGUUUCAUCCCACAAGUCUUAAUAUGCUUUUGAUUGUCUUACUCAGUUCUAAGAUUUCCUGAUUCCUUUUGAGACAUCUUCUCUAACCCAGGAAUUAUUUAGAAGUAUAUUGUUUAAUAGUGUUUGGAGUAUUCCCUGCUAUUUGUUAUUGAUUUCUAAUUUGUUUUGCAUUUGACAUUACUGUUUAAAUUUGUUGACUUUUUUUCCUUAUGACCCAGGAUAUAGGCUGUCUUGUUUUACAUAGCUGCUUGAAAAGAAUGUGUGUUCUCGGUCAUUUGGUGGAGUUUCUGUAAAAGUUUGUAUGAUCCUGUUAGUUGGUGGUGUUAUUUAGGUCUCCUGUAUCCUUGCUGAUUUUCUGUGUAGUAUUUCUAUCAAUUGCCAAGAGAAGGAUUUUGAAGUCCUGAGCUAUAAUUGUGGAAUUACCUAUUCCUCCUUUAAGUUCUAUCAGUUUUUGCUCCACAUAAUUUAAAGCUCUGUUGUUUGGUAUAUACACAUGUAGGUUUGCUUAGUAUUCUUGGUGUAUUGACCCUUUUAUAAUUAAGUAAUGUCCCUUUUUGCUCCUGUUAAUACUCUUAUCAAUUUUUAUCUGAUAUUUGUGUGGUCACUCUUACGUUUUGGUUAAUGCUUGCAUGAUUUAUACUUCAUCAUUUUUUUAAACCUUAUCCAUAUCACUAUAUUGGGAGUAAGUUUCUUGUGAACAGCAUAUAUUUGGGCUGUGGUUUUAUAUCCAGUUUGCGUAUCUUUUUUUUUUUUUUUUUUUUUGAGACGGAGUUUUGUUCUUGUUGCCCAGGCUGGAGUGGAGUGGUGCGAUCUCGGCUCACUGCAGCAUCCGCCUCCUGAGUUCAAGUGAUUCUCCUGCCUCAGGCUCUUGAGUAGCUGGGAUUACAGGCAUCCGCCACCAUGCCUGACUGAUUUUUUGUAUUUUUAUUAGAGAUGGAGUUUCACCAUGUUGGCCAGGCUGGUCUCGAACUCCUGACCUCAGGUGAUCCACCUGCCUCAGCCUCCCAAAGUGCUAGGAUUACUAGUAUGAGCAACCACACACAGCAUUUUUUUUUUUUUUUUUUGAGACGGAGUCUUGCUCUGUCGCCCUGGCUGGAGUGCAGUGGCGCAGUCUGCAACCUCUGCCUCCCGGGUUCAAGCCAUUCUCUUGCCUCAGCCUCCCAAGUAGCUGGGAUUACAGGUGCCUGCCACCACACCUAGCUAAUUUUUAUAUUUUUAGUAGAGACGAGGUUUCAUCAUGUUGGUCAGGCUGGUCUCAAACUCCUGACGUCAGGUGAUCUGCCCACCUCAGCCUCCCAAAGUGCUGGGAUUACAGGUAUGUGUCACUGUGGCCCCAGUUUGCAUAUUUCUGUCUUUUAUUGGUGUAUGUAGACCAUUUAAAGUUUACAAUAAUUAUGUUAGUGCUGUGUCUGCUAUUUUAUGAUUAGUUUUUUGUGUUUCCUGUUGCUUCUUUCUUGGUUUGUUUGGGUUUUUUUUUUUUUUUUGUCUUUAACAUUUUUUAGAAUUCCAUUUGAUAUAUUUGUAGUGUUUUUUAAAUAUAUUUCUUUGUAUUAAUUUUUUUAGUGGUUGCUUUAAGUAGUAUAAUGUACAUAUGUAACAUAAUUACAGUUAAUGGUAUGAAAAAUUUAGCACUUUGAUGUAUAGAAACCUUACUUCCAUUGGUCCCUUCACCUUGCCUGUUAAUAUAAUUGUCUAAAGUAAUUCCUCUUCAAAAUUGAGCACUAUGUUGGAAAAUGUAAUUUUUGCUUCCACUGUCAAAUAUAUUUUACAAAAGUCACAGGAAGUAUUGCUUGUUGAUCUCUUUACCCAUUCCACUAUUCUUUCUUGAAAUUCUAAGCCACCUUCUAUUAACAUUUUCUUUCUGUUUGGCGAACUUGUGUAGCCUUUUUUCUAGGGUCAGUCUGCUGGUGUCUCUAAAAGUGUCUUUAUGUUCCCUUCAUUCCUGAGGGAUAUUUUUGUGGGAUAAUAGGAUUUAGGGUCUGCAGUUCUUUUAGUAUUUGAGAAACAUGUUUGUUCCUUCUGUCUGCUAUGGUUUCAGAUGAGAAAUCUGUUGCCAUUUGAACCAUUGUUCCCUAGUUCAUAAUGUGCCAUUUUUAUCAACCUGCGUUCAAAGUGUUUUGUUUUUUUUGUAGUGUUCAGAAGUUUGGUUAUGAGGUGUGUGGCAUGGAAUUUUUUUGAGUGUAUCAUGUUUGGUUUUUGUUUAGCUUUUUGAUUUGUAGGUUUAUGCCCUUUGCCAAAUUUGGGAAUUUUUAACCAUUAUUUCUUGAAAUAUUUUUUCAUCCCUACUCUUUCUCCUCUCUGUGAUAUGAAUGGUAGAGCUUUUGUUACUGUCUCAGAGGUCUCUUGUGCUUUCAUGUUUACCCCCUUUUUCUGGUCUGUUUUUCCCUUUUUUUCAUAUUGGUUAAUUUCUGUUGACUUUUUUUCAGCUCACUGAUUCUUUUUUUCUGCCAUAUGCAGUCUACUGUUGAGCUUGUCCAUUGAGUUUUUGUUUUGGUUUUUGUAUUUUUCAGUUGUUUAAUUUCCAUUUGUUUUGUUUUGUUUUGUUUUUUUGAGACAGAGUCUUUGCUCUGUUGCCCAGGCUGGAGUGCAGUGGCGUGAUCUCUGCUCACUGCAAGCUCUGCCUCCCGGGUUCAUGCCAUUCUCCUGCCUCAGCCUCCCGAGUAGCUGGGACUACAGGUGCCUGCCACCAUGCCCAGCUAAUUUUUUGUAUUUUUAGUAGAGACGGGGUUUCACUGUGUUAGCCAGGAUGGUCUCGAUUUCCUGAUCUUGUGAUCCACCUGCCUCGGCCUCCUGAAGUGCUGGGAUUACAGGUGUGAGCCACUGUGCCUGGCCUCCAUUUGGUUCUUUUGUACAUCUUUGAUUUCUUUGCUUAGUUUAUAAUACUAAAGGGCUCAGAAAACAGAAAAAACUAAAUUCCAGAGUCAUGGUUUUCUGGUGGUUUGUCUCAAUAUUUGAAUAGAAAUCCUAAAUUAUCUGGAGGAGUAGAAGUCUUGUAAUCUUUUAUAUUGGGCUUCUUAAAUAUUUCUGUCAACAGAUCUUAUAUCAGGGUGAUCUGCAUAUCAUUCAGAGUUACGUACUCCACGGGAAGGUUGUAUGUAAAAUCCUCCAGCUCUGUAAGCCUUGUUAUAUCCUCAAUGGAGAAGGGGUCAUUCCUUUUCUAAGAUCACUCUUACACUUUCUUAUUAGACACACACACCCUUCCCCAACCAAACUUGUGUAAGUCCUCUGUCUUUCAUACUCUUGUUUAGUCUUUAACUUCUCCUUAUUAACCAGCUUCUUUCCCAUAAUGUAUAGCUUUAGUCAGAUCUCAAGCCUCGUUUCCAACCUAUUUCACCCUUCCUUGCCUAUCAAGCUCUGGUUAUUCUUUCUUCCACACACAUGCCCUGAGUAACUAUUCUGUGCACUGUCCCCACCCCUUUACAUUUCCUUUUACUCCCCAGAUACUACUGAAUGGCUUCCACCACCGUUGCCUGACUUAAGCACGUCUCAGAAAGGUCCCUUUUGACCCCCUCACUCUCUUUUUGGACCUCCAUACUGCUAAAUCUCUGACUUGAAGGUCCUUUCCUGGCUUCUGUGAAUUCCUGGCUUUUUCCUUUUUAGGGUCUGUGUCUUUCUUCCAUCUGUAAAACAGCUUUACUUCCCAGCAUCCAUCAUGAUCAUUGCUGUUUUCUAACUUGUCCUUCACCCCAUGACUGAGUUAAUUUGCGCUGAAGACACUUUACUCUCAAUUACCUACAGUGUUUCCCUAAAUCUGUGUCUCCAGGUUGGAUGUUUCUCAUGUUGUUACCCACUGGUCAUCCUUCCACACUUUUUCUGUAUUUGCACUCACUGAGCCUAUAUGCAUGUAUCAUGUGGCCAUGACCUUGGCCGUGGGGAUGCACCCAUAAUCAUCAUAAGAGAACACAAAUUAUUACUGUGUAUCAGACAUUGUUUUGAAUGUUUUACAUGCGUCAGCUCUUUUAACCUUUAUGACAACUCCAUAAUGUUAUUUCCCCCCUUUAACAGAUUAGAAAACUGAGGUACAGAAAGAUUAAGGAAUUUGUCAAAGAUUUCGCAAUUGUGAAAUUUGGGUUUGGGGACUGGAAGCCACUGCACUGGCUUCAGAAUCCAUGUCCUUAACCACUUUAUUGCUUCUCAUAAAGUGGGUCUUUGUUUCCUGGUCACCACUUGUUUUUACUAAAAUGGGUAAAACUGUGCUCAUUUAUUUAUAAUCUACUAUUCUUAUUUGACAGUACAUCUUGGCCAUUCCUUCAAGCAAGUGAGAUAAACCAGACUCACUCUUUAAUGCCUGCAUAAGCUAUUGUGACUGUAGAAAAGACGGAGAAUGUCUGGGUUUGAGGAUAUGUGGGAGGGCUGGGGAGGAGGAGUAGAGAAGGGCUAAGGCAUGUUGUUUUAGGUGUGUUUGAGAUGCCUGAAGAACAUCAGUGUAUCCCCCUAAUUUCUGUCUUGUUACUCAAACCAGACACACUGUGGCCAUUUCUUUUUCCUUUAUCAUUCCCACGUCCAGCCACCGCCCCAUUCCUUUUUGUUCUGUAGUAGACCCUCAAUAUAUAUCUGUGUGUUGGUAAAUGGCCAUACACAGCAGGGUAUUUUUUAUUAUAAUUUUCAGUUCCCUCAGCGUGUUUACCACAAAGCUGUGCAUAUAGGUGGCACCAUAUAUGGCGUACCUUGACCUCGAAGAGAAUCUACAUGGACUUUUAUGGACCUAUGUACACAAUUUUAGAAAUCAUAAUGAAUGAAUGCUGGAGUCCUCAAGACCCCUUCCAGAUUUGAUUUGCUAGGAAGACUCACAGGACUCAGCAUUUUGUCAUACUCAAUGGCUAUGAUUUACCACACCGAAAGAAUCCAGAGCAAACUCAGUAAAAGGCUCAAACCCAAGUCCAGAGGAAACCAGGCACAAUCUUCGAGAAUCUUAAUGAAAUCACACAGGAUGUGCUUCACUGAAGCUCCAUCUGGGACUUAACACACGUGAGAUGUGUUCCAGGAAGUCGUCUUGAGCACCCAUUGCUCAGAGUUUAUAUUGGACUUGCUUUCUAGCACAUACCACAAUUCUAGACCUCCAGAAGAACAGGAGGCAUUCAGCGUAAGACAGUUUAGGCACACAGAGCUACUUCUCAUUACUGGGAACAAUGGGAAACUUCCCGAAACCUAAAGUACAGACUCCAGCCAAGGAUGAACCUUGCAAGAUCAAAGAACAGCAGUCUCUGUCCUGCUCUGUUCUCUUUUUCACAGUAACUUAAAUGGAAAAAUGCUGAGUUAGCUUAAGUUUCUGUAACAAACAUUAAGCAAAUAAAAUUUUCUAUAACAGAAA